AUGACUCAGAUCGCCAAUGUCCCGUCGCUUGAGACGGCGCGCGAGGUCAUUUCCAAGUCCAGAAAUUCAGCAUUCCCUCCCAAUCUGCUGCCCAUAACAGCCUCGAUUGCGGCCGAUCUGUUGACGCCAACAUUGGCCUACCUCAAGCUUGCAGAGAAGUACGUCGGGGGUCUUGUCAACGUGCCGGAACUGCGGUCGUUCCGGGGAUCUUUAAAACGCAACCGUGCCGCUAACCGGGCGUCUCGUCUCUCCAUAGACCCCAAAAAUGUCAUCAAGACAGGGCCAGGCCAUGGCCCCGCCCAAGACCCUCUACCUAUCCUUGAAGCCGAGCUCUGCAAGGCUCGCGUGGCGUCUGUACCUGGCCUGGCGCUCCCGCCACUGACAGGUGGAGCGAUCGGCUAUGUGGGUUAUGAUUGUGUACGAUACUUUGAGCCGAAGACAGCGCGGCCGAUGAAGGACGUGCUCGGCGUACCAGAGUCGCUGUUCAUGUUGUUUGAUACUAUUGUCGCCUUUGACCAUUUCUUCCAAGUGGUGAAGAUCAUCACCUACGUGCCGAUCCCCGCGGACGAUGCCGACAUCGAGACCCAGUAUCGCCAGGGCCAGGAAGUGAUUCGGAAGACGAUUCAGACGCUGCUGCAAGAGCGUACACCUCUGCCUCAGCAGGGACCCAUCAUCCCCAACCAGGAGUACACGUCCAACAUUGGCCGGGAAGGCUAUGAGGGCCACGUCCAUCGAUUGAAAGAGCACAUCAAGAAGGGUGAUAUCUUCCAGACCGUGCCUUCACAACGACUCUCUCGACCCACCUCCCUUCACCCCUUCAACCUUUUCCGCCACCUCCGCACUGUCAACCCCUCCCCUUACCUCUUCUAUAUCGACUGCGAAGACUUCCAACUAGUGGGCGCCAGCCCCGAGCUCCUCGUCAAGGAAGAGCGCGGCCGCAUCAUCACUCACCCCAUUGCUGGCACGGUGAUGCGUGGCAAGACCACGGAGGAAGACGACGCUCUGGCGAACGAGCUUCGCAGCAGUCUCAAGGAUCGAGCCGAGCACGUCAUGCUGGUUGAUCUGGCUCGCAACGACAUCAACCGCGUUUGCGAUCCCAUGUCUACCCAGGUCGACCGGUUGAUGGUGGUUGAGAAGUUCUCGCACGUGCAGCACCUGGUCUCACAAGUCUCUGGCACGCUGCGACCAGACAAGACUCGCUUCGACGCCUUCCGCUCUAUAUUCCCGGCGGGCACAGUAUCUGGUGCGCCCAAGGUGCGUGCCAUGCAACUGAUCGCCGAGCUUGAAGGUGAGAAGCGUGGCGUCUACGCCGGCGCUGUUGGGUACUUUGGUUACAACAUCGCCAGCGUGGAUGGGUCAAGCGAGGUGCCCGGUGCUAUGGAUACCUGUAUUGCCCUGCGGACGAUGAUGCUCAAGGACGGCGUUGCCUAUCUGCAGGCGGGUGGUGGUAUUGUGUUCGACUCUGACCCAUACGACGAAUACAUCGAGACCAUCAACAAGCUGGGGGCGAAUGUUGCUUGCAUUCGGGGCGCAGAGGAAAAGUACCUUAGCAUGGAGAGCGAGUCUCGCUCUGCUUGA